AUGCAGACAAACUGCACACACGAUACAGACCAUACAAAAGCAUUACUAAAGUAUGAUAUUAACGUCCUCUGCAUCGCUCGCACUCGCAUCUGCAUACUCAUUGAAAUCCCCCAUGCCAAUCCUAGCCCAUUGUUCCAACAUGUCUUCAAGCUCUUUGCGACACUCCGGAAUGUCGAGCAGGGUGUCAAUCGAUUUCCACCCUAUGUCGGACAUAGCCCUAUUCGAGUGCGGGGGGCUUACUCCCGGCUAGCUACUUCGGGCCAAGGCCGACUGCCAACUUCGUACAAGGGAACAGCUGUUGGGGUAAAGUAUGGUGCUGUUUGUCCUGCAAGCAGCGUUUCCUUGGUUGGGUUUGGGUUUGGGUUUGGUUGGGUUGUGGGUCGCGGGCGUAUUAUUCUGUAG